AUGGCGUCGCAGGCCGUGCGCACACCGCUACCUAAAGUUGUGCUCACGCGGAUUCCCCCUAGAGCACUGCAGCCCCCGCAUGCGGCAGCGAAUAUGAAUCGCGCGCCUACGGCGCGGUACCAAGGCCCCCUGUUUUCGCUGCGCUUAUACCCGCUGGAAGGCAUCGACGUGGGCGCACGCCAGCAGACGAUGCCGAAGGUGUACGGACCGCCGUGGCUGCCCUGGCCGCCCGACCCAGCGACAAGCCCGCUGCGGCAAAAGCGGCGCAUGCGCAUGUAUAUCCCGGCAUCGAACACGUACCAUCUUCGCACCACCGUGUUUGUGAGCAAGAAACGCGUGCACAAACUCGCCGUUGUGCGGAACAGGUGCCGCACACAACUCACAUCCUCGCUCAAGCGGCUUGUGCAGCAAGAGCACACGCCAUUGCGCACACUAUACGCCUAUAUAUUCUUUGCUUUUGCGCCGCUUUACGCAGCGCCGCACCGUCUGUCGUUUGCGUGUACGCUCGUCCCAAUGUCCCAAACGCAACCCUCGUCCUCUGCAAAGCCGCCCGGUGGGCCGGAGAAGGAGGCGCAUUCUGGCGGCCAGAAGGAGGGCCUACCACAGCCGGCCAUAGCCGCGAGUGCGAAGCCCAAAGUGCACCCCGCGGUGAUUAUUAGCAUUUGGAUCGCGCUGAGCAGCAGCGUGAUUGUGUACAAUAAAUACGUGCUGGAUAAUCUCAAGUAUCCCUACCCAGUGUUCCUUACAACAUUCCACAUGGCGUUUGCCGCCAUCGGCACGCGCGUCUUGGCGCGCUACACGACGCUCCUCAAAGGCCUGAGCAAUGUAGAGAUGAACAUGGAGCGCUGGACACGCAAUAUCUUGCCGAUUGGUGCGCUCUUUUCAGGGAGUCUUGUGUUCAGCAACAUGGCGUACCUCUCUCUCAACGUGAGCUUUAUCCAGAUGCUCAAGGCGUUCACCCCCGUCGCCGUGCUGCUCAUUUCGUUUGCGUUUGGGCUGAAGAAGCUGUCGGGGACGCUGACCAUGAUCGUCGCGAUGAUUUCUGUCGGCGUGUGUCUUGCAUCGUACGGCGAAGUGGACUUUGACAUCACUGGAUUCGUCUACCAGGUCCUUGCCAUUGCGUUUGAAAGCACGCGGCUCGUCAUGGUGCAGGUGCUGCUGCAAGGCCUCAAGAUGGACCCCCUCGUGAGUCUCUACUACUUCUCGCCCGUUUGUGCCGCGCUGAACAUGUGCCUUUUGCCGUUUACCGAGGGGCUCGCCCCGUUCCGCUCACUCGCCCAGCUGGGCCCGGUCGUGCUACUGAGUAAUGCAGGCGUCGCGUUUGGGCUGAACAUCGCGUCGGUGUUUUUGAUCGGCGCUGCAUCCUCGCUCACGCUCACGCUUGCCGGCGUGCUCAAGGAUAUCCUGCUCAUUCUCGGGUCCAUGUGGAUCUUGGGGAGCAGGGUCACGGGCCUGCAGUUUAUUGGGUACGCCAUUGCCCUUGGCGGUCUUGUCCUGUUCAAGACACACAAGGGAUAA